CCUGGGAUGGUGAUGGAGACGCAGGACUCUUCCGCUUCGGACCGCUUGCUCCCCGUCGGGUCCGGGCCCCGUAGGAAGCGCGCGACUCGGGAGGCUGGGGCUGCAACGAAAAAGCAGCGGGUCCUGGAUGAAGAAGAGUAUAUCGAGGGCCUCCAGGCAGUUAUCCAGAGGGAUUUCUUUCCUGAUGUGGAGAAGCUGCAGGCACAGAAGGAGUACCUGGAGGCAGAGGAGAAUGGAGACUUGGAAAGGAUGCGCCAGAUUGCCAUCAAAUUUGGCUCUGCCCUGGGCAAGAUGUCCCGAGAGCCCCCACCUCCCUAUGUGACUCCAGCCACGUUUGAAACCCCUGAAGUACACACAGGCAAUGGAGUUGUGGGCAGCAAACCCAGGCCCCGAGGCCGAGGUGUGGAGGAUGGAGAGGCUGGAGAGAAGGGCAAGGAGGAGCCACUGCCCGGCCUGGACGUCUUCCUGAGCCGCUACACAAGUGAGGACAAUGCCUCCUUCCAGGAGAUCAUGGAGGUGGCCAAGGAAAAGAGCCGGGCACGCCAUACCUGGCUCUACCAGGCUGAGGAGGAGUUUGAGAAGAGGCAGAAGGAUAGUCUUACACUCCCAUCAGCAGAGCAUCAGGCUAUCCAGAGCAGCCAGGCGGGUGUGGAGACCUGGAAGUACAAGGCCAAGAACUCCCUCAUGUACUACCCAGAGGGUGUCCCUGAUGAAGAGCAGCUGUUUAAGAAGCCCCGGCAGGUGGUACAUAAGAACACACGCUUCCUUGGGGACCCCUUUAGCCAGGCCCUCAGCAGGUGCCAGCUCCAACAGGCGGCUGCCCUCAAUGCCCAGCACAAACAGGGCAAGGUGGGCCCCGAUGGCAAGGAGCUGAUCCCCCAAGAGUCCCCCCGAGUGGGUGGAUUUGGAUUUGUUGCCACUCCUUCUCCUGCACCUGGUGUGAACGAGUCUCCACUGAUGACCUGGGGGGAAGUCGAGAACACACCCUUGAGAGUAGAAGGAUCAGAAACUCCUUACGUGGACAGAACCCCUGGUCCAGCCUUCAAGAUCUUGGAGCCGGGCCGCAGGGAGCGGCUAGGGCUGAAGAUGGCCAAUGAGGCUGCUGCCAAGAACCGGGCCAAGAAGCAGGAGGCCUUGCGGAGAGUGACAGAAAACUUGGCCAGCCUCACCCCCAAAGGUCUCAGCCCAGCCAUGUCUCCAGCCCUGCAGCGUCUUGUGAGUAGGACUGCCAGCAAGUACACAGACCGGGCCCUGAGGGCCAGCUACACGCCAUCCCCAGCACGCUUGACCCACCUCAAGACCCCGGCUGGUGGGCUGCAGACCCCCACAAGCACGCCUGUCCCUGGUUCUGCAGUACGCACCCCUGUCACGCUAGAUCCAGCCUCCAUCACGGACAACCUGCUGCAGCUCCCUACCCGGCGCAAAGCCUCAGACUUCUUCUAGAGCCAGGCCUGGGCUGGGCCAGGGGACAGCUUGUGGAGCCUACAAUGUAGCUGCCCACCCAGCAGAGGACUCCAGCCUUCUGGGUACCCAGCCCUAGGCUGCAGUGGUCAGCUGUCCCCAGAAGCGCAGGAAAAGAGAGCCCUGCUGUAGCCAGGCGGGCCCACACCCAGGCCCUACCAAGACUUUUCUCUUUAACGUCCCUGCCCCUGAACUAUCAUUAAAGGGCACCUGCACUGUC